AUGGGACGCCUUGAUUGGACGCUCAAACAACGGAGGCUUUUCAUCUCUGCUGGGGGGGGAAACUGCUCGUGCUGCCGUGAUGCUGAUACAGUAACGUACAUCCACGCCCUCUACCUGGGCGCCCAGAGCCGUUGGCACAGCAACGGUCCCCGCCGCCAUUUCCACUGGCAGCUGAUGUUUGAGAGCGCUGACAUCACCAUGCUCCGCCUGCUGGAGGCCUUCCUGAAGUCUGCGCCGCAGCUCGUCCUCCAGCUGAGCAUCAUGAUCCACGGAAACACUGUCCUCCCCCUGCAAGGUCUCUCAGCCUCGGCCUCCCUGGUCUCUCUGGCCUGGAUGAUCGCCUCCUACCAGAAGGUUCUGCGAGACUCCCGCGACGACAAGCUGCCCAUGUCCUACAAGGCCGUGAUCGCCCAGAUGCUGUGGCACUUCUUCACCAUCGGGGCGAGGACCGUGGCUUUCGCCCUCUUCGCCUCCGUCUUCCAGCUCUACUUUGGCAUAUUCAUCGUCAGCCACUGGUGUAUCAUGACCUUCUGGAUCAUCCAAGGUGAGACUGACUUCUGUAUGUCCAAGUGGGAGGAGAUUAUCUACAACAUGGUGGUGGGCAUUAUCUACAUCUUCUGCUGGUUCAAUGUCAAGGAGGGCCCCAGCCGUUUCCGCAUGACCGUCUACUACUCUGUGACACUGGCUGAGAAUGUGGCACUGACAGCCGCCUGGUACACCUACCGCGGCCAGCUCACCUCUGACUCCUAUGCCCUGGUGGUGGUGUGCUUGGUGGCCUGCAGUUUUGCCCUGGGAACCUUCUUCAUGUUGGUGUACUACUGCUGGCUGCACCCGGAUGGGCCUGUUCUGGGCUCACAGUGGGGAGGAUGUGUGGAUGAGGGUGUGGUGGGUGCAGGAGGCGUGGUGGGAGUGAUUGAUGCUUGCCUCACCCCAUCCCAAGGGUCCCAAACGGACAUGGUCAUUACUAGCCCUCCCAGGACUCUCCCCAGGACUAAAGACACGGGGGAGCCCGUCCCUGGGGAGCGAGACAGGGACAGGGAGAGGGACAGGGACAGCUGCCUGCCUGUCUUCCAGGUACGUCCCUCCCCUUCCUCCUCUCCAGCACUCCUUCACAGGACCUCCUCCUCAUGCCGUGCACAGGAGGGCCCUGUGAUCAGGAUCGACCUCCCCAGAAAGCGAUAUCCAGCCUGGGAUGCCCACUUUAUCGAUCGGCGCCUGCGCAAGACCAUCCUUGUUCUGGAGUCCUCUUCAGUCAUCAGCCCCAGGAUACAGUACAGGAGUAGCAUGAUGGGCAGCAAAGAGGUAUUAGAAUAUGAAACAACUGUCUAAGGCAACAGAGGCUCUUAAACUUUGAAAUGCAGUCUGGGACCAAGGCACAGCCUGAGAUCAGUUCUCAUCCCUGGACUCCUUAUGCCAGGAGAAGCAUGGAAAGGAGACAUGAAGUGUCAGGCAACUCUUUUAAAGGAAAGAGUUUAUCAAAACUUGAUUGUAAAAUGUGAAGCGCAAUCUGGGACCAUGGCUCUCCCCUUAGGACACAGUUCAGGAGUUAGUAGCAUGACUGAGCCGUGGGAAGUUAAUGGAGUAACACUGAACCGGGAUAAUCUUCAUCUUUUCUAAAUGCUUGGAGGUGAGAAAUUUAAUCUCCCAUCCUGGGACCAAGGAGUGUUAGAUUUAGUUUCCUCCUGCAUGGCCAGUACAAGAAGUAAAAGGAUUUCAGAGUAAUGAAAUUGUGGAGAUUGAGAUAAUUGAGAAAGAGUCUGCUGCAUGAACUUGAGCCUCGGACCCUGGAGACCCAACAGACACUUAACAGGGAACGUUUAGAGACUGCUUGCUAAAGUUUGCGCAGGAUAUGUGAUCAUUUUGGUUCUGGAGCAAAAUCAGACACUGACAGAAAAUGGGGACAUACUACCCAAUUAAUAUCACUGUGGUGAUUUGCAGAUCAAAAGCAAAAGACAUUUAGAUGUUUAGGUCAAAACUGGGCCAAAUUAUGUUGAAAGGUGAUGUCUUUUUUUUUUAAAUCUAGUUUUUUUGUGGGGUUUUUUUUUUUUUUAAAUCUAGGUUAUGUAUAGCUGUUGUUUCAGCAGCACUUAAAUUUGUAUAUUUCACUGUGAAGCAAGACAUAACUACAGGAUGAAAUGUAUUCACUAAAACGUGAAUAAAACAAUGCCCAUUUAUGACAUAGACGUGUCACUUUUUAAACCAAAUUUAGCCCAGUUUUAACCAAGAUGAUUAGACUUCUUUUAAUCCUCCAAAUCACCAAUUCACUGCUAACUGGGUAUGCUUCAUAUUGUAAGAAAUGCAAUGAGUUUGAAGAAGACAAAUAUAGUAAGAAGCCUUUUUUUUUCUUGUUUAAGCAAGAAUUGAUAGAAGUAAACAUUUUUCAGGUUUGUCCCAUCAUGCUUCCAAAAGGUUGCAUGUCCCUCACAACCUUCAGUAACCAUCCUCUAAGCAUUCUGUCAGUGGUGUCUGAAGACAAAUAUAGUCUCAUACAUUGGGCUCCAAUCUCAUGAGGACAGAAGGACCCUCCUAAUGUAGGCUCACAACAGAUGGUAUAUGAAAUGUAGGCCUGAGCUACAAGUGAUAACAGUCAUCCAUCCAUAUGUGAUACAAAAGCAGCCAUCGCACAAGUCUCACUGUUUACAUCACAGCUGAAAGGACCUGUUUGGAAAAAUCAGUUAGGACUGGACGUAAGGAUGUAAAGUGGACGACUUUUGCAAUGGCUACCACCAUAUGGCAUGCAGUAACUCACCACAAACAGGCCUGUGAUGUACAGUUGAAUAAAUACAGAUGUCAGAUAUAAGCUAUUAUAAUAAGCUGUAGUUAGGUAAUGAAUGAAUUUUGGGUGAAGAAGAUUCAUUAACUCGUAAGAGUCUAAAUGUCGUCCAGAGUCGUCCACUUUUCUUGGAAUACAUAACAUGUAGGAGUAUGAAGGGUAUCAUGAGCAACCUCAUUACGCUAUGAAAACAAUUUCCAGUGUUUGUUUUUUGGGGAGAACAGUAGCUGAAGAGAAGUGUCUUUUAAUCAACAGGCUGCAAAGAAUUAUAGAAGGGUUUGUUCAAAUGUGAAAACCCUUCAACACAUCGGGUAAGCAGUUAAUGCAAGUAACAAAAGAUAUGCUCAAAGCAAAUUGAUAACAAAAAGAACUGCAAAGUAAUGAUGUUUUUUGUAGGCUAGCUAUUUAGAAAUAGAUGCUGUCUCAUGUUACAAAUAGAAUGUGGACAAGGGUUGAACUUUUUUAAAGGCAGUGUUGUUUACAAAAUGAAACCAUGUACAGGCCUUUGAUUCAAAAUAGAUUUUGGUAGAUUUAGGUUUGGGUUGGUAAAUGACAUCAUCACAGACUGGUGGGAAAAGAUGAAAUUGUAAGACUUGAUGAGAAAUCCUUGUGCUGAAGCAAGGAGCUACAACUAAAACAAAUUCAGUGGAACUGAGCAGUAACCAAUUUCAGAGGUUGAAGUUUAAAACUCACGAGUGUGAGUGACUGUUACUUUUAAUUAGAAGCAGCUGGAUGCUGAGAAAGUCAAGCAUGGUCAGCAACAGUACCUGAAGGAAGAACAGUUAAAAAAAACACUUGCAUCAAAGCUAACUUAUGUCCUCUCUCAUAUUACACAACAGAUUUCUCUUUGACAGGCUCUCUUUGAAGUUCUUUUCAAAGACAUUUUUCUUUAGGGUUAGACUGUGCAUUUAUGGUGAUCUGAUUUGUUACAAAGUCAGAGUUCUUAAAGUCCAUCCCAGAGGGUGGCAGAGGGUGUUAGCAUUUUUAUCAAUGCUACUAGUCAAAUACACUUAAAAGCCUUUAUCUAAAAAUAUUACUUUUACUAUGUGAUCCUAAUGCAUCUCAAAAAACAUGGUCAUCAAAACACUUUGAAGAUGCAUUUAAGAUACUGUAUGGUGACAAAGGCUCCCAGUUCAUGUAGUUUACCUGGUUUGGUAAAAUUAAAGCUGUAACAGAAAGAUUUUAUGUUACAACCCAACAAGUAUUUAGAACACACCAAUGUUCAGAAGGUCACCAAGUCAGGGUUGACUGACACAAGCACAAAAAACUAAAUUAUGGCACAGUAGAGCCCAUAUUGAACUGCUAUGAACUUGUGUCAAAGAUAUUUAGAUUCUAGUUUUUACAAAACAGGACAAGCGGCAGUUCUGAAUGACUAAAGAUGACAUCUCAACUUUAAUUUUCAAACUUGGUGCAGCCUGUUGUAUUAACAUCUACAUUUUACAUUUUACAUUUAUAUGUGUAAAAACUGAGAAUGUCUACUUAACAACAAGUGUUUCAUCCAGAGCUGUUGAACAUGUAUGAAGCAGUUCACCAUCUCCACCCUCAUGGACAAUAAGAAAAUAUUUACUGUAGAUUGGAGCGGUGUACUGUUUAUUUUUGGGGAUAGUAAAGUCUUGUUGCAGUAUCCAGUGCUGCUUUAAUAGUCACCUUUAUGCUGAUGUUGCAUGUGUAUAUGUUGAGGUGUGAAGGGACUCCCAGGGGUACUAUUCCCAAGCUUGUGUACUUAAGACCAAUGGUUAGAGCAAGUCACUAAGACUGGCUUAUAUACUUGCUUUUGAACAAUGGGUUUACAUAGAUAAGUGGCUGUAAUGCAAGCAGCAUUGUCGCCUCCGUACUUUGUGUCUACCAAGAGGAUUAAAAAGUAUAUCCAUAAAGGGGCAGAUCAGGGUCAAAUUAAACCAGUUUGACAACAGAAUAAAAACAUUCAACAUUCAAGGGUGUUGCCCAAUGUUGAGAUCAAGAUAGAAAAAGUGGCAGAAAUGUCAUAUAAAUGUGAAUAAUUGCGGACAAGUUCUCUUAGUUUUAUUGUUCGAAACUUUCCACCAUUGUUGUCGUUUCUGUUCUCUGCUGCUGACCUUACUUCACUGCCCGUACUGUUCAUGUGUCUAAUUGCAUCUUGUGGAUGGGUUACGUUCAUUUUUUUGACAACGUGAACAAUCAAAGCUCUGAAGGAUCACAGGAUCGGACUCAUAUGUGUUGUUAAAAGCAAGCACAUAAGCGCUCUGAACCUAACAAAUUGUGGUUGUAUUCCUUAAUGAUGACACCCAAGGGAAAAUUUUCCACAUAAACUCACUUUGGACGUAUGUGUGUCUCCUCUACAGAGAAGCUGUCAUUUUAGCUCUGGUGGGUCGUGAUGGGAAAAUCUAAAAUCAGGAAUGCCAAUUGAACAUCAAUAUUGGUAAUAAUUUGGUAAUAAUACAGUUUUAUUAUCCCAACAGUGUUGUGUCUUACCUGAAUUUGUGGAUGUUGGUACAGUCACGGCAAUGUUUAUGGUGCUGAAAACAACAACUCUAUAUCAACCAUGAUCAUGUCAUGUUAAACAUGAUAGGCUAAUGUACAGAUGAUGCAUACUUCAACCACCCAAUCAUGGGCUGAGGGCGAGGCUUCGCUUUCUCUGAUUGGGUAAUGAACCAAUCCUUUGUUGUCGAGGUAAAAUAACAGUUGUGGUGCGCUGAUUAUAUAUCAACUUGAACAAAAACAUGUUAAAAAGUGAACAGUGAGUUAAAAAAAAAACAAAAAAACUCAAAUCAUCUUUUAUUAAUUGAUGCAAGUAUUUAUGUUUAUUUAUUUUUGUAUUUGUUUUAUAUCUAUUUAUCUAUUGUUUACUCACUCGGUGGCCAUGUCUUUGGUAUGACUCUUAUAUUAAGAUGUAAAAACUGAAAAUAGAUUUUUUUUUUACUCAUUCUAUAUAUCUGUAUAUACCAGAGUGGCGCUAUACUAGGAAGUGUGUGUAUGAGUGUGUGUGCUUUGGUUUGUAUGUAUUGUAUGUAUAGUAUGUAUGUAUGUAAGGAUGUGCUGUAAGUUUUUUUGAUAAUGCUGCUUAAACAUCCUCUGAGUGAACGAGCAGAAAAAUAAACCAGUGGUGAAAAUAUCUAUGAUGAUGUUAAAAAAGAACUCAACAAGCUGUGCUGAUAGCUGUAGA